AUGACAUGCCUGAACGCUGGUCACAUUCGGUCGUGCUUCUGUGGUGUGCCUGAACACUCAUCAGCUUUUGCUAAAUUGAUUGAAGUAUUGACUGGCCAGGAUGCUUGCUGGCUUUCCAAUGGAGAUUUUGGUGGGGUUCUAGGGUCUCAUCCACAUAUUCGCGUUUCGCUGUUAUUCGAGCUCAUCGGCAGUGCACGGUUUGAAAUCCGGACAUCUGACAUGCGGGGCGAGGGUGAUACUGCUACUCCACCAACGCAAGUUGGACGCGUACGAACCUUCUCGUCCGAACAGGCGAUGAUUGGGGGGAAGCACUGGACUCGAGUUUCGCUCUUAUUCGAGCUCAUAGGCAGUGCAUAUCCCAUGGCCAUGCCGGGAUUCGAACCCCGGACAUCUGACAUGCGAGGUGAGCGUGUUACCACUACUCCACCAACGCACGUUGGACGCAUACGAAUUUUCACGUUCGAACAGGAGAUGAGCAAUGCGAAUGGUUUGCCGGACCACCCGACAGUUACUGGGUCGUCGUUCGAUGAGUCGGGCACACCAAUCACAUUGAUCAAGUGUGAACACGUUCGCCUGUUCAGACGUGAUAAUUCAGAUGCAUCCAACGUGCGUUGGUGGAAUAGUGGUUACACGCUCGCCUCGCACGACAGAUGUCCUGGGUUCGAAUCCCGUCACGGCCAUUGGAUAUGCACUGCUGAUAAACUCUAA